UCAUUCAUAACUCACCAUACAAUGGACAUGAAAAUUGUUUACUGCGAUGAUAACAUUGAGAAGUUGUUGGGGUACAAGGCUGAUGAGCUUGUUGGCACAUCAUUCUAUGACUACCACCAUAUUUACGAUAGUUCUUCCAUUCUCAAUGCCUUCAAGACACUGUUCACAAAAGGUCAGAUGGUAAGUGGCUUGUACCGCUUUCUGGCUCAUAAUGGAGGAUUUGCCUGGGUGGAAACUCAAGCCUCCCUUGUCAAAAAUCCUCAAACUGACAAGCCCCAAUCCGUCAUCUGCAUCAGUACCGUGGUGUCGUUAGUAAUGAAA